GCUAAUUUUUCCCAAUUUGACCAAGUAAAGUCUGUUUUAAGAUGUUCAUCUGGUCUGGUGGCCGUACACAUUCAAGAAACACAUGAGGAGGNAUCUAUCUUGACUUCAGAUCAGUUUGAACGGCAAGUCGGAAACCCAUGUGAAAACCAAAAGUAUAUUCACCUUCCUAAACCCCGGGGAAAAAUCCGAGGAAUUCACUGUAAAACACGCUGGCGUCUCAAUGGAAUGGUCUUGGAGAUGGUCAAUAUUCAUCUAUUCAAUGACUCGUGCAAUUUACAAUCUCUGAAAGAGGUAUGUUCAGUUUGCUCUGAUCAGGCAAAAGUGAAAGGCUAUGCUGUAGAAGCCCCUCGAGGGCACGGGAUGCGUUGCUUUUUUUACCGCUUUCAUCAGUUAUCUCUAACUCUUUUGGAGCAAACGUUUUAUUGGAUAUCCCUUAAGAUGACCAUUCCUGGAUGGUGUCAGUAG